AUGGAUAUCUACUCCUCCAAGUUAUCUCCCGCGCUGGACAUCUGCACAGGCUGUUACAUGCUGGUUGUAGCUGUUCUCUCCAUCGUGGGAAACGUGCUGGUCCUCGUCGUGGCAGCCAAAAGGUCAUCGAGGAUGAAACCGCCGGAGCUGCUAAACGUGAAUCUGGCAGUGACAGACCUGGGAGCAGCUGUUACCAUGUACCCCCUGGCUGCGGCCUCUGCCUGGAGCCACCACUGGCUCGGGGGAGAUGCUACCUGUUUAUAUUACGGCCUGGCAGGGUUCUUCUUCGGCGUCGCCAGCAUCAUGAACCUGACUAUAUUGGCCAUAGUGCGCUUCGUUGUGUCCAUCAAUAUGACGUCACCCAAUGAGAAAAUCAGCUUGAAGACCGUGAAGAUGCUGUGCAUGUGGACCUGGCUGUACGCUCUGAUCUGGGCUCUGUUCCCCAUUCUGGGCUGGGGAUGGUACGGCCCGGAGCCCUUUGGCCUGUCCUGCUCUCUUGCCUGGGGACAAAUGAAACAUGAGGGCUUCUCUAUGGUCGUCUCCAUGUUCUCCUUCAACCUAAUCAUGCCUUGUGUCAUCAUUAUCUGCUGUUACUUUGGCAUCGCCAUCAAGCUCUAUUGGGCCUACAAAAAGUCAAUGAACAGCAACCGAGUCCCCAAAAUUGUCAAGCUCCAACGAAGGUUGUUAAUGAUCGCUGUGCUUGUCAGCUUAGGCUUCAUAGUUUGCUGGGCGCCCUAUGGAAUAGUCAGCAUAUGGUCUCUUUUCAGUGACAGUCGCACCAUCCCACCUCAAGUCAGCCUCCUGCCGUGCAUGUUUGCAAAGAGCUCCACUGCAUACAAUCCUCUCAUCUACUACAUCUUCAGCCCGGGCUUCAAAAGGGAGGUCAAGCAGCUGCGCUGGUUUUGCCUCAGCUCUAACCCAUGCCACGUCUCCAACAACAUCAAUGACAACAAAAUGUAUAUGGUCAGUGCUGACGUCACGUCCAGAGUACAAGCACUGUCUAUUUUGCAGGAGAUCGAGGAGUGAAAGACAGUGAUUUUGGGUUGAAAGGGUUUUUUUGGGAUAUAAGAAGACAGACUUUUGUGCUAUUAAAAGAGGGGAAAAAAAUGUGUAAUCUCAUAAUGUGUUAUCGCACAAAUGUUUUCAGGAUAGAAAACACCUGGUAGGGUAAUGCUGGCCUCUUAUGUGUGUGGCUACGAUUAAUGAGAGAGCGUGUUUGCACAAUAUGUUAAAUGCUGUGAAAGGUCAGCCAACUGAGCUAUUGAUUAGAGUUAAUUAUAGGUUUACACGUGGCUAAACCCUAAGCCCUUGUAGCCCAGAAAUUAAGUCCUACUCCCUGUUGAGUAACAGCCAGAUGUGAUAGAAGCGAAAUCAACAAGUGGCAGCCACAUAGGAUUAAAGAAAAUCAUGUACAGUAUUUUAACACAUUACAAACCAAAAGUUGUACAGCAGAAUUUGACAAAAAUCUUAUUUUGAGAUGUUUAAUGUUUCAGGUUUAAUCUGUGAUAAACACUUAAGUUUAAAAAAAAAAAAACAAUAACGAAUAACUACAUAACUUUUUGAUAAUUUUGUAACACCAAAUCAGUUAUUUUUCCGGGGAGUGGGGAAUACUUUCAGUUCAGGAAUAACAUUUAUUGUACAUGUGCUAAAUGUUCUUAUUAAAGCUGUGGUAUAUGGCAAGCGAAAAUUCCA